AUGUGUUCUAGAUGGACUGGUCCCUCGGUACAGCUGGAGUCGAGCAGGGAAUGCAAUCAUCAUCUUAGGGGACUACAGGUUCAAAAAGAGAUCAAAACAUAUAAAUCAAAAACAAGAAACUCACUGGAAUGUCCAUCGGACACUGAAGAAGAGCGAUAUCAAGAAAGAGAUACGGAUGAAGAAGACGAAGUUAAUGAAAACAAAAGCAUAAAUCAAGAAGACGAAGACGACGAUGAGAAUUAUGAAUAUUUAUUAAAAACUGGUGACACUUUCAAGUCUUUUGAAAAAUUAGAGAAAAUAAUAGACAGAUUUCAGAGAAAAACAUAUGCUUUAUAUUAUCGACGAGACGCAAUAACUAUUAGACGAUGCAGCGAAAGAGGAAUAAAAAAACCUAUCAAAGAGAAAUUAAAAUAUUACAGCAUAAAAUAUAAUUGUAUUCAUGGAGGGAAAAAUAUAAAAUCAAAAUCGAAGGGAAUAAGAAAAGCUUCCACUUUCCAAAAUGGCUGUCCUGCUUCUUUUACGAUUGGAGUGACUAAAAAUGGUGACCGUCUUAUUGUAAAAAGUGUAGAGCAUAAGCACAACCAUGCCACCAGUAAAAAUCUCUUCCGACAUUAUCCGCGAAAUAGGAGAGUGAAUCCUGCUCAACAACAAAAGAUAGCUGAGUUACUAGAUCUUGAAGCGAAUAGGAUUAAAGUCAAACAGCUAAUAGAAAAAGAAACAGAACAAAUUGUCCCUUUAAAGGAUCUAGUCAAUUGUAAAAUUAAAAAAGAUAAA